CAAAUCAUGGAAUCUGUAGACCAUAAGGUAGAGUCUAUGCUUAGUGUUGUAUCUCUCUCAGUUCCACCUUUUUGGGACAUGGAUCCUGUUUUGUGGUUCGCUCAUCUGGAGGCUGAGUUUUACAACCACAGAAUCACUUCCGACUACGCGAAGUACUGCAAGCUCCUGUCCUAUCUCCCCAAGGAGAUAUCAAUGCAGGUUCGUGACGUCAUCAUUUCUCAGACCGAAAACCGCUAUGAGGCUUUCAAGGAAGCCACGAUUAAGCGUGUUAUGCCCUCUGAGAAAGUUCGCCUGCAGCAGCUUUUCAGGGAUCUGCAGCUGGGCGACAAACUGCCCUCAACCCUGCUACGAGAGAUGCAGCAACUCCUUGGUUCUUCAACCAUGGAUGAGACUUUACUUCGCGAACUAUGGCUACAACGGCUACCGGAAAACACGCAAGCGAUUCUCGCUACAGUGAGCUCCGUUUCGCUCACUCAACUAGCAGAUUUAGCAGAUCGAGUUAUUGAACGAUCACAGCCACAAGUCGACGCCAGCAAGGUCCAUGCCGUCGCGUCCCAGGGCACUUCUAUCACUGGCUUACUGUCAACUAUAGAAGCCCUGCAAACACAAGUCGCGACACAUAGUCGCCAGUUCCAGCAGCUUACUAAGGACCGUCUUCGUCAUAGCCGCUCAAAAUCGCCCUGCAAACUUUCUAACUCUAACAACAGGCAAGCUAGCUGUUGGUACCACCAGCGUUUUGGUACUGCAGCUCGUAAAUGUGUCAAACCUUGCAGCUUCGCCAAGAAGCACGGAAACCUCGGCCGGUCGGUAACGGCAACGGACGCGCCUGGCCAACACCAAAGUCGCCUCAUCCGCGUUAGGGAUUUAACUUCCGGCACCGAGUUUCUAGUAGACACUGGUGCAGAAGUUAGCGUUAUACCCCGUAGCUCAGAUGAGGUCGUCUCACCAUCGCCGACCAAGCUGCGUGCCGCCAAUGGCACACCAAUCGCAACUUUCGGCGAAAAGCUGCUAACGCUCAAUUUAGGCCUCCGGCGAACCUUUCGCUGGCCUUUCAUAAUCGCUGCUGUGCCUUUCGCCAUCAUAGGCAUAGACUUUCUUCAACGCUUCGACCUCAUCGUCGACGCUAAACGGAAGAAGCUUAUCGAUUCUAGGACACAGCUCAGUGUUAUCGGGACUAGCGCCAACGUGGCUGCUAUCACUCCCAUUCGUGUCCUACCUCAAGCUUCACAGACUUUUCUAGAACUUUUCAGCAAGCACCCUAAACUCGUUCGCGUCCUGAACGACUUGCCUCCUGUGACGUCGAACGUCAUGCAUUACAUUUGCACUAAGGGCCCACCUGUUUCGGCCCGUCCUCGCCGAUUAGCCCCGGACAAGCUCAAAGCUGCUAAGGCGGAAUUCGAGCAAAUGCUCGAACUGGGAAUCAUCCGCCCGUCCAAAAGUCCAUGGGCAUCACCAUUACACAUGGUGCCGAAGAAAUCCGGUGACUGGCGCCCUUGUGGUGACUACAGGGCACUUAACAAAGUUACCGUCCCGGAUAAAUACCCUAUCCCGCACAUGCACGACUUGACCUCAGCUCUAGCUGGCAAGUCUAUCUUUAGCAAAGUCGACUUAGUUCGCGCCUACCAUCAGAUACCUGUGGCGCCAGACGACAUUGCUAAAACUGCAGUCAUUACGCCAUUCGGCCUAUUCGAGUACCUCAGAAUGCCUUUCGGCCUCAGCAACGCUGCCCAAACUUUUCGGCGUUUCAUUCAUGAGGUAACGCGAGGACUCGAAGGCGUUUAUCCUUAUCUAGAUGACAUUCUUAUCGCGAGCUCUUCUGAUGAAGAACAUCUUCAUCAACUCGACGCUCUCUUCCAACGCUUAACACAGCAUGGGGUUACCGUCAACCCCGAUAAAUGCGAGCUUGGCCAAAGCUCCAUCGACUUUCUUGGCCACCGCAUUUCUGCCUCUGGUAUUGAAGCUCUGCCAGACAAAAUCCAGGCACUGAAGGACUACCCUGCUCCCAGUUCCUUCAAGCAGUUACGCCGAUUCCUUGGCCUGGUCAACUAUUAUCGACGCUUUAUCCCUAACUGCGCGAGCAUUGUUCAACCAAUGACUGACUUGCUCCGCGGUAAACAGCGGUCUUUUCACUUUCCAGACGACGCUAAAUUGUCUUUCGAGAAGCUAAAAGACGCUAUCUCCAACAUAGCGCUUCUCGCACAUCUAGACACGUCUUCAUCACUCUCUCUGACAACUGGCGCAUCAGACACUGCCGUCGGUGCAGUUCUUCAGCAACUCAUCGACCAUCGAUGGAUACCUCUAGGUUUCUUCUCGAAACGUUUACAACCUGCCGAAUCGCGUUACAGCACCUUCGGUAGGGAACUGUUAGCUAUCUACCUAGGUAUCCGACAUUUCCGUCACUACCUCGAAGGCCGACAUUUCACCGUCUUCACCGACCACAAGCCAUUGAUCUACGCAAUCAAUGGCGCAACAGACAAGUACUCGCCGCGGGAAACUAGACACCUAGACUACGUUUCUCAGUUUACGACAGACGUACGUCAUGUCUCAGGUGCUCUCAAUCCCGUCGCGGAUGCGCUUUCACGCAUUCAGCAGAUCAGCUUAUCGCCUGGCACCAACAUUGAUCUAGCUGCCAUGGCUGCUGCCCAACAAGCUGAUCCCGACAUAAGCAAGCCACGACGCAACACCACUGAGACGAUCGCCAUUGAUCGACUCAAGCCAGCAUUCUUCGACAAGUCUGACUCGCCGGUGCAACAAGCACCUUCACAGCCUGUGCCAUCACAGCUGGCACCGCAACCUCAGACGAGUCAGCCCGCUCCAGUAGAACCGACGAACACAACCGACAGCACUCCUAACCGCCCUACCCUCAAUCGACGCGGUAGGAAACUCAAGCCUCCAGUUCGCUUUUCAGACUUUGUCAGCACUUACUAUUUUACGUAGAACGUGCCUUAGAAAUUUUCUGCUCUUACUAAACGUUUUUGAAAAUCCACAAAAAAGACCAAAACGUUUUGAAACUACCAAAAAGAGCAAAACCUUUUGAAAACCCAAAAACAGCUUUGCACGUUUUUCGCUUUGCACUCUUUUGUGUAUUGCUAUGCAUUUAUGCUGCUUUUUCAUUUUGCUUUUCAUAUACACCGUCGGUUGGUUGCACCUCGGUUUCACUUUCGCUGGAUCCCCGCACGUCAACUGCAAGUGGAACGAACUUCCUGCUCAACUGCCUACGUGAACUUUAUUAACUGCCCCCCCACAAACAGAUUUUUACCGUUUCGACACCGUAGGGAGGACACGGGUGGGAGCCCGCUAGGGUCCGAUUGCAUGGUUCUCCCCCAGCAGCUGCAUCGGGUUUCACAACCUGGUCUCGCAGAAGGCUGGCCCGCGACGGACAGUCCUCACGUAGAUCGAAGGACUGCUUACACAGUCCCUUCUGGGAGAGGGCUAUGUAGCAGUCUGGAGAUUCCCCGGUUUGCCUGUGUAAAAUUCUAACCAAAAUUCUUUAAUUGUACACCUAGGCAACCGGUGUGGUUUGUUGAACUGCUUGCUGAGUUCGAAUGCUUUACUUGCUCAUCGCCAUUUUUGCUUGGCGCUCGCUUCGGUUGCAACGCGCGACUGCUCUGUGUGCUGUGCUUGAUCCGUUCCCCUAGCUAGAGCGUCCACGGUGUCGUUCAUUUAUAGCUAGCUAACAGGGAAUCUUUUGCUGAACCAAUAAAGUUUCCCUGCAACUCGAUCCGUCUUCUCGAAUCGCUCUCUGGGCUCCCGGAAUAGGCAACCCUCUAAAAAGGCGCGUAUACACGUUCUGCUAGCUGGUUAGUCAAACUAGAUCUGAUUAGGCUCUUACAUGCACCUGUGUCGAUGAGACCUAUCAAUGGAACCCCUGCGAUCUGUAAUUCUAUUGCUAAUGCUGAAUCUGUGGUCGACGCACAAACAAUAGCUGGUAUAAAGUGCGAAUGCGAUCGGUGCCACUCACCUGGGCGUCCGUUACUGUAGCGAGGUAGACCACGAUUCGGAAUUGGUCGGCGGGGCCACCGAGAACCCUGUUGCGUUGGUCGCCAUGAGCCUGAAUAUCUUUGCUGAUAGUCAGGAUGCCACGUUAACCGUUCAGUUGGCGCACGUCUGGGGCGUCCAUUUCCCCUCAAAGCGAAACACCCGGAAGGCGGCGUGGUCAUCGUUAUGUCGACCUGCUCAAGUUGUUCGCCAAUUGGUACGGCUGCAUCCAACUCCUGCGGGGGGUGAAGAAGAAAUUCACGUUUAAUGGAUGGUGUUUGGAUUCCUUCUAGGAGUUGUUCUAGUAUACGUUUAUCACGGUCGCUUGAUGACUCACUCUCGGAUGCGGUGUCGGCCAUCUUUCGGAGUUCGCGCACGUAAGUCCUAAUGCUCUCUCCGGGCCACUGGUACCGUGAGUGGAACUCCCUGCGUGGGGGAGCAGGCAAUGCAGGAGGGUCCAGUAGGCGGCGCAAGGCAGUGAACGUCUCAGACGUGACUUCUGUUUCCAGAAUUUUACUAUCAGCAACGGCAUCAAAAGCAUCUCCUGACAGUAAGCCGGCGAGCACGCCUGAAUGUUGGUGGACUGGGAACUGCCGGAGGUAAAGCUGGACUUGUUUCUCCCAUCUGGAGUACGGCAUCCCGGGAGUGUAACGCUCCGGAGGUGGGAUUGCAUGCAUACAGACUGGCGAACUCGAGCCUGUUGACAACUUUUCCAAAGCACGGGACAAAACAUCCAGUGAAGCGGAAAGUCUGGUAGUGGGGUCAACGACAUCAGAAUGGCCUUCGUCAUUAGACUUGUUCAUUUUUGGCAUGAUCUUCAUCAGACUAAUGAUGAUGGAUUCCUGAUUCUUGUGACUUGGCAGGGUCGCCACUUUGUAACACGCAAGCACGGAAGAACUCCAAGGGCUGAGAACGAAGUUCUAUUACACAACACGUAGCCUAGUUAACCAAUGUCGUGUUCUUGUUCUCCUCCGGUAAUGGAGCAGGAAAGGCGCUCU